AUGCCGUCUCCCUCCGUCGCAUUCAUCCUGGGCUUCGGGCCGGGCGUCGGGUCCGCCGUGGCCAGAAAACUCGCCAGCAUCGGGUACCUCGUGGCGGUCGCGUCACGCAGCGGCAGCAACACACGGACCAGCGAAGGCUACCUCUCCUUGAAAGCCGACUUCGCGGCCCCGGACUCGAUCCCGGGCCUCUUCGCCUCUGUCAGGGACGAGUUCCAUGCGCCGCCCGCAGUGGUAGUGUAUAACGCGGCCGUGGGCACGACGCCUCCUCUAAAGGAAUCGCUGUUCUCGAUCCCCGUCGAAGCCGUGCGGUCAGACCUCAACGUCAACACCAUCAGUCCCUAUGUCGCUGCGCAGCAGGCUGUAGACGGGUGGGCGAGUCUGCCCCCACAAGUCAAGAAGACGUUCAUCUACACGGGCAACGUCCUUAACGUGCGCGUGCUACCCAUCCCGAUGAUGAUGACCGCCGGCAUGGGCAAGUCGGCGUCAGCGUACUGGGUCAGCCAUGCCGAUGCGGUCUAUGCGGCGCAGGGGAUGCGAUUCUUCUACGCGGACGAACGCUUCGAGGACGGCGCCGCCAAGGCACGGGCCAUCGAUGCCGACGCCCAUGCAGAGUUUUACGCGCAGCUGGCGGCGCACGAGGGGAACGUGCCGGCGCUUGCAACGUUUGUCAAGGACAAGGGAUAUGUCAACUUCAAGCUCUGA